AUGAUACCGCGCGGAGAGAGACGCCGCGAAUCUGAGUGCAAUACAGAAAUCUAUGAUUUCACCGUCGUCCUAACUAUCUCAUGCUUGAAAAAACUGCCAAAAUCCCUGAGGGAUGAUGAGAUACACAAUAUCGAUAUGGCUCACCCUUUUCUCUCCCUACGACCAACUCAUCCGUCUCUCCUGCUGGCUUCAUACCCACCCGCUGUGGCGACCUAUAUCUGCGGCUGGGAGCAGUGGUUCGUUGAGGGGAAUACAUUCCGAGACAGACUGGCUGAACUAGUGGCAGAGGGUCAGCUGAAUUAUGUGUGGAUGGUGGUGGUUGAGGAUGAGAUCCAUGCGUUUGAUAAGACGCCUGAUGUACGCGAAUGCAAUUCGGGGGUAGGAUGA